AUGUCUUUUGUUCUUUUUCUACAGAACAUUCUGGCUUUGAAUCCCCGAAAACAAACACAUGCAACUCUUCACUCAACUGUGGCAAAGAAACAAGUCAAGAAGCAAUGGAAAAGGAAUUCUGACAAAAACUGUUCAAACUGUGAGAAACUGGAAAAUAAUUUUGAUGACAUCAAGCACACGACUCUUAGUGAGCGAGGAGCACUUCGAGAAGCAAUGAGAUGCUUAAAGUGUGCAGAUGCCCCUUGCCAGAAGAGUUGCCCAACUAAUCUGGACAUCAAGUCAUUCAUCACAAGUAUUGCAAACAAGAACUACUAUGGAGCUGCCAAAAUGAUUCUUUCUGACAAUCCACUUGGCCUGACAUGUGGAAUGGUGUGUCCAACAUCGGAUCUCUGUGUUGGUGGCUGCAAUUUGUAUGCCACUGAGGAAGGACCAAUUAAUAUUGGUGGAUUGCAACAGUUUGCUACUGAGGUUUUCAAAGCCAUGAAUAUUCCUCAGAUCAGAAAUCCUUCCUUACCUCCUCUGGAAGAUAUGCCUGAAGCAUAUCAGGUGAAGAUAGCUCUUCUUGGUGCAGGACCUGCAAGUUUAAGUUGUGCUUCCUUUUUGGCUCGACUGGGCUAUUCAAACAUCACAAUAUUUGAAAAGCAGGAGUACCUUGGGGGUUUAAGUAUGUCUGAAAUCCCCCAGUUCCGUUUGCCAUAUGAUGUAGUGAAUUUUGAAGCCAAGCUUAUGAAGGAUCUCGGAGUGAAGAUAAUUUUUAGGAAAGGCCUUGCAGUGGAUGGAAUGACACUCCAUACCCUGAAAGAAGAUGGCUAUAAAGCAGUCUUUAUUGGGAUAGGUUUGCCAGAACCGAACAGAGCCAGUAUAUUCCAAGGACUGACAAUGAAUCAAGGAUUCUACACAUCUAAAGACUUCUUACCUUUGGUAGCAAUGGCAAGUAAACCAGGGAUGUGUGCCUGUCACUCUCCGUUGCCAUCAAUCCAUGGAACUGUGAUUGUACUCGGGGCAGGAGACACUGCUUUUGACUGUGCGACAUCUGCUCUGCGCUGCGGAGCUCGACGCGUGUUUGUGGCCUUCAGGAAGGGAUUCACUCAUAUCAGGGCUGUCCCAGAAGAGAUGGAACUUGCAAAAGAAGAGAAGUGUGAAUUCCUGCCUUUCCUCUCUCCUCGGAAAGUUGUUCUUAAAGGUGGACGAAUUGUUGCUAUGGAAUUUGUUCGGACUGAGCAAGACAGCGAUGGAAACUGGAAAGAAGAUGAGGAUCAGAUUGUCCGGCUGAAGGCUGACGUGGUCAUCAGUGCCUUUGGCUCCAUUUUAAGUGACAGUAAAGUGAGAGAGGCCAUGGCACCUAUCAAGUUUAACAGAUGGGGUCUCCCUGAAGUAGACCCAGAAACUAUGCAAACAAGUGAGCCCUGGGUGUUUGCUGGGGGUGACAUUGGUGGCAUUGCCAACACUACGGUGGAAUCCGUGAACGAUGGCAAACAAGCUUCCUGGUACAUGCACAGAUACAUCCAGUCCUUAUAUGGUGCUGCAGUUUCUACAGUCCCAGAACUACCACUCUUCUAUACUCCUAUAGAUUUAGUGGAUAUCAGUGUAGAAAUGGCUGGACUGAAGUUCCCAAAUCCUUUUGGCCUUGCCAGUGCAACCCCUGCUACUAGUUCUUCAAUGAUUCGGAGAGCAUUUGAAGCUGGAUGGGGCUUUGCUGUCACUAAAACAUUCUCCCUGGAUAAGGAUAUUGUAACCAAUGUUUCUCCAAGGAUUGUGCGUGGAACUACUUCAGGUCCUCUGUACGGCCCAGGCCAAGGCUCUUUUCUAAACAUUGAACUGAUCAGCGAGAAAACAGCAGCAUAUUGGUGUAAAAGCAUUACUGAACUGAAGGCUGACUUUCCAAACCAUGUUCUGAUUGCCAGUAUCAUGUGCAGCUAUAACAGAGAGGACUGGACUGAACUUUCAAAAAUGGCUGAGGUUGCUGGUGCCGAUGCGCUGGAGUUAAAUUUGUCCUGUCCUCAUGGUAUGGGGGAGCGAGGCAUGGGACUGGCCUGUGGGCAGGAUCCAGAGCUGGUACGGAACAUCUGUCGCUGGGUUAGACAAGCUGUUCACAUUCCUUUCUUUGCCAAACUGACCCCAAAUGUCACUGAUAUUGUGAAAAUUGCAAUGGCUGCGCAGGAAGGUGGUGCAGAUGGUGUUACAGCCACCAACACCGUGUCAGGACUGAUGGGACUGAAAGCAGACAGCACACCUUGGCCAGCAGUUGGUCGAGGGCUGAGGACCACAUAUGGUGGCAUGUCAGGAAAUGCUAUCCGGCCCAUCGCCCUCCGCGCAGUGUCCGCCAUCGCCCGUGCUCUCCCAGGAUUUCCCAUCUUGGCAACUGGAGGCAUCGAUUCUGCUGAGGCUGGGCUUCAGUUUCUGCACAGUGGGGCUUCUGUCUUACAGGUGUGCAGUGCCAUCCAAAAUCAAGAUUUCACUGUUAUUGAUGACUACUGCACUGGACUGCGUGCUCUUCUUUACCUGAAAAGCAUUGAGGAACUUGAAGACUGGGAUGGACAGAGUCCUGCAACCAUGUGCCAUCAGAAAGGAAAACCAGUACCUAGAAUUGCUGAUCUGAUGGGAAAGAAACUGCCCAGUUUUGGGCCUUACCUGGAGCAACGCAAAAAGAUAAUAGCUGAGAACAAGAUCAAACUGAAGGCACAGAACAUGGCUGCUGAGCUGCCCGAGAAAAACCACUUCAUUCCGAAGAAGCCCAUUCCAGCAAUCAAGGAUGUAAUUGGAAAAGCACUGCAGUAUAUUGGAACAUAUGGUGAUCUGUGCAACACAGAGCAAGUUGUGGCUCUGAUUGACGAGGAAAUGUGUAUCAACUGUGGCAAAUGCUACAUGACCUGUAAUGAUUCUGGCUACCAGGCGAUCCAGUUUGAUCCCGAAACCCACCUGCCCACGGUCACUGCCAGCUGUACAGGCUGCACCCUGUGCCUCAGCGUGUGCCCUGUCAUCGACUGCAUCCGCAUGGUUUCCAGGACAACCCCCUACGAGCCCAGGCGAGGGCUGCCCUUGGCCCUGAACCCCGCGUGCUGA